AACCUUCGUAUAAAGUUCUCAAGCAUAAAUUAUUCUACGAAGACAAGUGUUUGUCUGUCUGAAAUGGAAAGACUAAUAAAGUACAUAUCUGCUGGAGCAAUUGUCACGUUUCUGGCAGGCGGAUUUUUAGGCAUCUAUAGCCGAUGGCAACACCACUCGUCUGAUAAAAGUUUUAUAAUAUUUGGCGUAAUUGCAGGGAUUUUUCUUAUCCUUGCUUUUGUACUUUAUUUGUUUAACCGACAAGAACUAGCCAACGCCUUUGUCAAUUUUUGGAUUGGUAUAAUAUUUAGUGUUUUAACUUUCACAUCUGUUGCUUAUGAUCAUAUGUUCGUGUCAGCACAAGAUUUGGACGUUGUUGAUAUGUUGUUGAUCGGGAGCACUUGUGUUUAUUCCUGUGGAACAUUGAUUGACAGAAUUCAUAACUAUGGCAAUGUACAGUUCCAUUUGCUCACUGUAAGAGAAUUGCUUUUAUUAAUUGGCUUUGCAUUUGGUAGCAUUGUCUCAGAACACUGUGCAGCUAUGGUGUUGUUAGCUUUAGCUGUUGCUUGCAAUCUGAUCGCAAUACAUUUGAAAUCGGCAUUGUCAUUGGUUAAUGCAGUUAUGACAAGUGUGCUAGUGGCAAUGGAGUUCUUCCCAGCAAUUAAAGUGCAAUAUAAUCCAUUCUGUUUGGCCACAUUUGCAGUUUGGCUAUCAUUUGAAGCAAUCAUCGACAUGUACUUUUCCAAGUACUCUACAGUUGACAGGUGGAAGGGUUUCCUCACCUGCGGAAAAUGGCAUAGAAAAUCCAUAGUUGUUGUCAUAUUUUGUGGAGAGUUUCUUUAUGUCACAUGUGCUGCUCAAGUAACAUUAACGCACCAUCGGGCUGUUGUCAUUGUGCCAAUAUUUAUCGCCUUUUUACUAUUUUGGAUAGCUGGACAUAUAGUGUUCCUUAUAGAUUGUUGGGGUUUUUUAAUCAAACUUGAAGAAUGCUCAGAAAGUCUCAAAGAGGAGUUUGAUACAAAUUCAAUGUUAGAUGUACUUGCUUCCAGAGGUGUUAGACAUUUUUGUCUAAUAUCAAAAUCUAUUAUCCUUAUCACCAUUGCAACAACAGUCUUGCUAGGGAUACCAUCAUGGCAAGUAACAAAUGCCUGGUUUAUAAGUUCAUUUUUGAUUGUCAUGCCAGUUGAAUCAAUGGCAUAUAGUGUGUUAUCUAGCCUAGGAAAUUGUCUUGGAGGAACAGCUAUUGGUUAUGCUAUUGUACUACCAUGUUAUAGCUACAGAAAAGAUGGUUUAGUUAUUGCUCUCCCGGAAGAGGAAUACCAGGGAACUAAUAGGAUUGCUGUUGAAUUAAUUGGUUUGCUGUCCAGAUUCUUCUCUGAACAUAUUGUGCAUAAUUUUGGGACAGAAUUAUGCACAAGUGGCCUAUCAACUCAAUCUUUGGAAUCAAAGUUAGAAUCAUUCUUCAAUCAGCGUGUGCUUCCUGGUCUGCCCUAUGAUACAUUUGUACUAUACUACAGUGGUCCGGUACAUGAUAAUGGUGAUUGGGCAUUGUUAGAGAAUAAUGCAUUUUCUUUAACACAACUUCUUAGCAUAUGGGAAAGGCUUAACAGUGAAACUGGAGCAAGGUUAAUCAUAAUACUUGAUACUGAAAAUUCUUACAAGUGGCUUCCAGAAAUUAAAAAGUCAAAGAUGUUUGUUGGUGCUCAAGUUGGAAUAGCUUUUAAAUCUGAUGAUAUUGAAGCAGCCAUCACUCAGACAGUUGGUGAACUGACCAAACAAUGGGUUAAUUUUAAUUCAUCACAUGAGCACAAUGACAUCUUAGAUCCUAGUACAGAGAGUAGAGUUAGACCAACAUUUGCUGUUUCAAGGAAUUGGUGUGAGUUUAAAUUUCAUGUUCCUACUCAAAAGGAUGUAUCCUUACAUAUAGAGGAAAGUUUUCCAACAAUAGUUCAACCAGUUAUGAGAUUCUGUAACAUGUUCCCACAAAAAGCUGAUUUGUUUUGCUUAUGUGAGGAAUGUGUUGCUAUGGCAAGGAAUUUAAAAAUGAGGUGGUUGCCACCAUUGACACUUGACACUGGUCAUGGAUUUAAACUAAUCAGGACCAUAAAUAAGAUUUAAAUUUGAACAAAUGAAAAGACUUUGCUACAAUUUAGCUUUAGUAAGUUACCUAUCAUCAUUUAGUAAAAGUAGAAAUCUUCCAAGAUAAAAUUGAGAAAAUAAUUUAUUUUAAAAUAUUUUAUUUACUUUCCCCAUAUUU